AUGUACCUCGGAACAGCAAAGAGGAUAAUGGAGAAAUGGAGAUCUUCAGGUCUCAUCACAGAUGCACACUUGGCCAAAAUGCAGUUGGAUGCUGACAAGCUUGUACUGCCAGAGGACUGCACGCCAUUAGGGACAAAGAUCGGGCAUGACUUCCCAUUCAUGAAGGCCGACAAGUGGAAGUCUUGGUGCUUGGUGUACUCUCCUGUUCUCCUGCGUGGUUGUCUACCUGAAGCUCAUCUCGGUAACUGGACAACGUUUGUCAAUGCAUGCCAGUACCUCUCAAUGCCAAGCAUAUCCAUGGCUCACCUUGAUGAAGCCCAUCAAUCUUUGGAGGCUUUCUGCAGAGAGUGCGAGAAGUUGUAUAAAGCUCCGUUCCUUUUGCCAAACAUGCAUCUCCAUCUUCAUCUGCAAGAGACUGUACUGAACUUUUGCCCAGUUUAUGGCUAUUGGCUUUUUAGUUUCGAAAGAUGUAAUGGUAUCUUGAAAAACUAUGCAACAAAUAGAAAAGAUGGGUUUGAGGGAACAUAUAUGAAGAAGUAUCUUGAAGAAGCAUACCAGGGAGAUCUUAUUCACCAAACUUUGCCAAUAAUUCGACCUGAGCAUUUGGCGAUUAUCCUUGAGCUCACUGCAUCCACUGCCAAUUCCAUAGCCACUUCCACUUCCACUGCCACCUCAAUCCAAUUCGAUAUCAAUGCUUUUCUUGAUUCUCCUGAGAUCAACUUUGAUAUCAUCAAGGGAAACGAGCCUUUGCCCCCUUCCACACUUCCUUUAGCUCUAAAGGGGGAGAUUUCUAUGGAUGAAUCUAAGUAUGAGCAUUUGUUGGAAUACUAUUGUGAGACAUACGAUGAUCAAACUCUUGUUCAUUAUCGUCAGGCUGGUCAUUCCGAUAAUUUUGUUAACAAUCGGAUACAGAAGUUUGAAUCAAUCGAUCUUCUUGGGCAAAUCUACAAGAGCAAAACGAAGAAUUAG